AUCCGCCAGUCCGCUGAAAUAAUCAUCGAAAUCCGUAAACCAUGGGCAUUUCGGGGCCGAAUCCGCUUAUCCGCGAACCUAUUCACCCCCUAUUCACCGAGCUGAAAUUGCCUUGGACUGUUAAAAUCUCUCUAUGUAUAACAUAGUUCUUUUGAAGUUUACUUUUGAACAGAAAAUAAAUUCUAUUUUUUCGGUUAUAAAACCCGUUUUAAAAAUUGUAAACAUAUAUUUCUCUCCGUUCGUCACCUCCUGCAUCCCCUAGCUAAAUUUAGCAAACUCCUCCUCCCCGAGUUAGUUAACUAACAAACUGCCAAUUAGUUUUAAUUAGUUGCCGAACGGUCGUAAAGCCAUAAACUAUGGUAUCUGUCUGAAAAUGUCUCAAGUCUCCACCCAAACGUUGCCGUCGCUGCGUUUUCUAGUGGCCAUGGUUGUUGGCACUUUUAUUGGGACAUCAGCGGUCACGAAGACAUGCCCUCCUAACGUUCCCCCGCUCAACCUGAACGGGACCAGCAUCAAUUCAACCGCGCUAAGAAUCACAUGGUCUCCUACCAAUUGCUCCGGCCAUAUAUACGGAGUCGAAAUCCAAACCAAAGUAGAGUACCAGUUGAAGAUGACACAGUGUACGACGGAGUUCAUAUUUGCUGGCUUGAGGCCGAACACCAAGUACAGGCUGAAGCUAUUUCUCUACUCGCCUGAUGGAGAAAUCAAGAUAUCUGAUGGACCUUCAAUAAACGUGACAACUAUUGAUGGAGUGCCAACUGUCUCGCCUAAUGGUGUCAUAGCAAAAGUCCUAAACUCCACAGCAAUUGAACUCUCAUGGAAUCGGAUCCAGGCGGAUCAAAUGAACGGGAAGCACCUUGGAUACGAAGUUUACUAUAAGCAAUGCCACUCGUCAACGCCUUUGAUACAGUACAUUCCUCACGUCGAUGACGACCUGCGCCUGUCAGCAAACGUCAGCGGUCUUCGCCCAUACACAUGUUAUAGUAUUGGGGUCGCUGGAAGGACACGGUCAGGGACUGGGCCUACUAGUGGGCCUUUUCGAGCUACAACUGAGCUUUCAGUACCCGGAGUCUACCCACCGUCCUUGUCUGUGUAUAACACAAGCUCCACUUCCCUGAUAGCUCACUGGGCAGCAGUACCGCUGGCUCAGCAUCAUGGUCCAGGGGUACACUACAAGAUCAUGUGGCGGCAUAUGAUGACUAACAUGACAGGUGUCAUGGUAACCGGGGCAAACUGCCCUCUUCAGGCCAACAUUACUAAGCUGUAG